CGUCGUCGUCGUCAGCAAUGGCAGCCACAAUGUCCUCCUCCCCAAUAACGCAGGUCCAGCAGGUCCCGACCCAAGCUGCUUUGCAACCUCCUCUCCUCACACGGCUGUCUCUUGAUCUUCGCGGCAAACGCUUCUCAGUCGACCGCGAAACCAUCAUGAACCUCCCAGAGUCCGUCCUCCUGUGCCUGUUCCCCAACGGCCUUGUUCUCAGCCGUCAAAGCAUCGCCCUCUCCGAUGGUGGAGAGAACUCGGAAGAGGAAGAGCUCUAUGGUGUAGAUUUCGACCCAGAUUGUUUCUCUUACGUCCUACAAUUCUUUCGCAACGCCUCAGACACGUUCUACGGUACAGAGACUACCCCGGGUCUCUUUGCCGCACAACAGCCAUAUAUCGAGAACGCACCUUCGCCUGAAUUCGCUCCAGCUCAGAAUCCGCUUCUUACCAAACAAGCCAUAAUUGUUCUCCGCGAAGAGCUUGAGUAUUUCUCUAUCCCUCCGAAAAACAGCGGCGCUGCCACAGACUCGAACGGGAUCGCCAACGAAGGCCUGCUGGAGCUGAAACGGAAUUGUGGGGAGUAUCUGCUUGACAAGCGCAACAUAUUCACAGCGCUGCAACGCAAUGUGAACAAGGAGAACAAUAUUGCGGAACAGCAUCUGAUCGAUAUGCUAUGCAUGAGUGGUUUUGACCGCGACGACGAAUGGGGAUAUCGCGCGGUGGAGCCUUCGCGAUGCUGCAUUUCGUCAAUAGCAUUGGUUCUGCUCAAGACAGGCAUCGUGCACUCGACGUCUCCAGCAGGUGAGCGACAAGUCACGAUCGACUACAACCAGAUGAGUACGGCGCAGAAACUACUGCUCUUCUGGCGGAAACCUGCCCGGAAAUGCUGGUGGGACGGGAUCGAAAUCGAUCUGACGCCGAACGGGGAACAGCCGAGAAGCGUGAAGCUGUGGGCCCGCAGAGUUUGGACGUUGGAGCUCAGCUUGGUCUGAACCUUAAUAUUUCAUCCGGACGCAUUUUCGCGCGCUUUGUGGUCCUGCAUUUACGACAGCACCCACCCGCACGCUCAGGCAUCCUCGUCCGAGUUGCCCUCGUCGCCCGACUGCUCACGUUCCUUCCGUCGGUUUCUUCUCCUCUUGUCCGGUCUCAUUCCAACAGCGUCGGUUCACCCCUACUUCGCAUGCAUGCACAUCUAUGGACGUCGGAUACCCGCAUCGAUAUCACACUCUACUGUUUGUCUCUUCUGUUCCUUAUUCCGUGUUUCAGCCUUCUUAGUCCCCAGUCUCGCUGUAUCCCGUCGCUCGCACUAAUUACAGUCGUUGGUCGCGUGGCC